GGGAAGGAGGAGGACCGGGAUGGCGGCGGGCGGGAGGAGUGGGAGGCUGCUCAGAGGCUGUUGGUCUCACUGCCUGGUCCAGCGCACUGGCGCUGCCUCAAGCACAGUCCUGCCCGUCUGCAGUCGCCUGGCGAUGGUCAUGCAGCCACGCAGUGUUAAAUCCAUCCACUGUGGCAACAGACCAGCCCUGCAAGCAGAAGAGCCUCCAGGAGGGCCAGUCUCCCAGCGCCCCGAGUACAUCCCACAGCGCAAAGCCAAGAAUCCGAUGGGAAAGAUUGGGCUGGCCUGGCUAAUUGGUCUCCCAUCCGGGAUCAUCACUUUCCUUCUUGCAAAGCGAGAGGUGGACAAGAACCGGCUGAACAGCUUAAGGCCAGGCAGAGGAUUGAAGAGCGCCAACGAGGGUGAUUACCAGAGCGAGCGGUACGCUGACAUAUGGGGAAGCAGGAGAACAGUGCUGUGACCAGGUCUACGUGACGAGGCUGAAACUCCUGACACCUCGGCCACCUCUUCCCUCCAAUCGUUUGGCCAAUCUGGUCUCCCCUGCCCUUCCCCCUCUAAACUCUGGUCCAGUCUCUGGAGGAACUCAGCAGGUCAGGCAGCAUCUAUGGAGGGAAAUGGAUAGUUGACGUUUCAGGUCAAGACCUUUCAUUUGGACUCAUCUGGAAGGGUCUUGACCUGAAAUGUUGACUGUAUGUCCCCCCACAGAUGCUGCCUGACCUGCUGAGUUCCCCCAGCAGUUUGUGUGUUGCUCCAGAUCCCAGCAUCUGCAGUCUCCUGUGUCUCCAGUCCAGUCUUCCUGCCUUGCUCCAUUUAUUGGUGAAAUCACUUAAUGGGCCAUCAGCUCACAUUUCUUUCUCCAGCACCUGUUCUACAUCCUGAGAACAUGUUAGAAUGGGGGGUUGGGACAGAGGAGCAAAGAUUUGCCUCCCUGUGCAGCUGACGUCAGAGCAUCUGUAUAAUCGCACAGCUCCAGAACACUUGGAAGCUGUCAAUUAUACAACGCUUGUAGUGAAACUACUGUCGAUAUUCCUUCUCGGAUAGAAACAAAAGUAUAACUACUAUUAAAAUACGACAUGAUUCUUACACAAGUUUA